CAUGUGGUCUUGUGGAUGGUGAAAUGUGAUCAUACAAGCCCAAAGAAUCAAGACAACAAAGGAACAACGCGAUUUUGACCGGAACGUUCUGUCUGCAAGCUCUGCACGCUGUCCUCACUUAUCAGGGCUAGCCCGAAAACUCACACUCUGUCCAGGCGCGACACGCGGCAUCUCGCUGUGCAAGUAAUGCUUCAGGGUUUUGGAAGGCUUUUCAAUCGCCACCGUACUGUAUUUCUCUCGACAAUGGCUGCUGCAAGCCGAGCGAGCAGCUCUAGGUGUGCGAGCUCGAUGCCUCCCUUCAAGGGCAAGGUAGAGCUACAUGUCCACCUCGAUGGUGCAAUGCGACCAGAGACGUUAUUCGACGUGGCGACGAAACGUGGAUUACAACUUCCUGCUAGCGAUGCGGUCGCGCUUCGCAAGUACUGUUGCUAUCACGAGGAGGAUGAACACUCUCUGAAGAGGUUUCUAGAUUCAUUCGACUUUUUCCUGCCUUUAAUUCAGGGUGAUCUUCAGGCAGUGGAGCGCAUUGCCUACGAGUUCUGCGAAGAUCAAGCAAAAUCUAAUAUUCUUUAUUCAGAGCCUCGCUUCUGCCCGCACCUUCUCGCAACAUCAGUUGUGUGGGAUCACUAUGUCAAGCGCAGAUAUAUCUCGGAAGGACAGCGCAUUGUUGACGAGCAGCGGCCUGUCGUGACGCCAAGUGAUGUUGUCGACGCAGUAUGCCGCGGCUUUGACACUGGCAUGGCUGACACUGGCGUUAUGGUCCGUAGCAUCCUAUGCUGUAUGACCCACCGUCCAGAUUUAUCUAUGGAGAUUGUUCAGCUGGCUGAGAAGUUCAAGGAUAGAGGUGUGGUGGGCAUUGACUUGGCUGGGAUGGAGGGAGCUGUGCCAAUGGACGAGCAUAAGCCUGCAUUCGAGCGCGCCAGAGAGCUGUCCAUCCACCGAACGGUGCACGCCGGGGAAAUAGGAGUUGCUAAGAAUGUAGAAACGGCGAUUGAAACUCUUCAUGCCGAGCGAAUAGGGCAUGGCUAUGCUGUUGUUGACAACACCCGGGUCUAUGACUUUGUGAAGCAGCAAGGAACUCACCUUGAGGCUUGCAUUUACUCCAGUCAUCUGACGGGAGCCCUGAAAACAUUCAACAUUGAUCACCAUCCCGUGAAGAGGUGGUGUGACGAUCGUGUCAAUUGCUCGCUGAGCACGGACGAUCCUGGCGUAAUGCAGUGCACUCUUGAAGAGGAAUAUGUGCGCGGCAGGGAACAAGAGGGCCUCACCCAUGAGGAUGAAGUUAGAAUGGUGUUCAAUGCCGCGCGCUCGUGCUUUUUGCCUAGUGAAGAAAAGAAAAAUCUCCUCUGCAAGCUCAGGGAUGUGCAUGGCGAGGAGCCCAAGUGAGUCUUGCAGUGCCCAUGUGCAACGUGUGUGUGUGGGUGGGUGUGUGUAUGUACUAACACCGCCAUGCCUCUGUCUGGGUAGCGUGAGUGGCAAAGUGCGACACACACAAAGAUACCAACAACAAUUCCUACGCAUUGCGCGAGAGCCGUCGUGAUUCACAUCAGGCAUAUGUCUGCCGGUAUGGUGACUUCAUCCAGGCCGGGGUCUUGUUAAAAUUAUUCGGUUUUACCUGAUUGCCUCACCUCAGUACAUUUUUUGGAAUUUCUGGAAUAGAAUUCUUUUCAACAUUCACAUAUCGAUCAACCUGGCCGGUUUACGAGUUCUAUUACUACUUGUGCUAGGUUAUUUGAAGCGCAGUUUUUGUAUGGUAUCUAUUUUUUUAUAGCUUUACUCCUUAUUACAUUAUAUUUCAGUAUAGAUUAGUAGAAACGAUCUUCUUAGUUGCAUGCGCAAUACAAUACGGCUUCGGUUAGGGAUUUUGCUAGUAUCAGCUGACCCGCAGACAGAUGCAUCCAAUUAUUUCGGAGAAGUUUCAAGUUUCUGGAGCUCGAUCCAGCCAGUUUUUUUCAUAGUCAUUCUAUCGCCGUCUUAGUGCCUCUUAUUUUUGCCUUUUAAACAGGCAAUUUUUAGUUGGUCUAGAUUUCUUGCAAUGCCAAUUAUUUGUUCUUGUUGGCUAGAAUACCUCCUCCAGCUUGAUUUUGAAUUUUACAAUAGGUAAUUACAAGUUAUUUCUGUUUAGUUUUAUGAACUUUUAUCCUUUUGCAACUGCUUUCUUCAGAGCAGGAAUUUUACCCUCUACGUGACUAUGGCUAAGGUUGUGUUGUUUGAGGGUGCUUUGCGAGUAUGUGUACUUCUGAAGUAUGACAGAUGCCCACACUA